UCUCCUUCCUCCUCGUCCACAGCCACCAUUCCCAGCUACUCAUGCUUGCCAUAAGAAUAUCCUCACCAUUCCCCUCCAAUUAUACCUCCUCCUUCCUUCUGCAUGAGCCUUCUUUCCUCAUAUAUCAGUCAAAAUCCUCUCGUCACACAUAAUUCAUUUCUCUCAUUCACGCUUUUCUCGCUCUCCUUUACCCUUUAAAUGCCUUCCCUUCAAUCCUUGGCUUUUUCAUAAUUCUCACCCUUCACUGUCUUUUUACAAAAGAAAACACUGGUGUUGCUGCUGGUAAAGAUCGGAACUUCUGCGAGUUAGUAUUAUGGAGAUAGAGGCCAGCAGGGCGGUCGGUAAUAAUGGGACGUCCGCGAUCCCGGCGCUGAGUCCUCUCAGCGAGACGCUGUGGAGGGAGGCCAAGGCUAACGUCGACUUCGUCGGAGAUGUGUCGGCCAGGUUGACAUGGAAGGAUCUCACCGUCAUGGUCACCCUUGGCAACGGAGAGACCCAGAAUGUCCUCGAAGGCCUCACCGGCUACGCUGAGCCCGGCACCUUCACCGCCCUCAUGGGCCCCUCCGGCUCCGGCAAGUCCACUCUCCUCGACGCCCUCUCCAGUCGUCUAGCCGCCAACGCCUUCCUCUCCGGACAAAUCCUCCUCAACGGUCGCAAAGCCAAGCUCUCUUUCGGCACUGCAGCAUAUGUGACGCAAGACGACAACCUCAUAGGAACCUUGACAGUACGAGAAACGAUAUCGUAUUCGGCUCGUCUGAGGCUGCCGGAUAAGAUGCCUUGGUCGGACAAGCGAGCUCUGGUGGAGAGCACAAUAGUAGCCAUGGGGCUUCAGGAUUGUGCCGACACGGUGAUCGGGAACUGGCAUCUCCGGGGGAUCAGUGGCGGAGAGAAGAGAAGAGUUAGCAUUGCUCUGGAGAUCUUGAUGAGGCCCAGGCUGCUCUUUCUUGAUGAGCCUACCAGUGGACUCGACAGUGCCUCAGCUUUCUUUGUGACCCAAACACUACGAGCCCUUGCAAGGGAUGGCCGAACUGUGAUAGCUUCUAUUCACCAACCCAGCAGUGAAGUCUUUGAACUUUUUGACCAACUGUACCUUCUUUCUGGCGGCAAAACUGUUUACUUUGGCCAAGCUUCUGAAGCUUACGAGUUCUUUGCACAAGCUAGCUUCCCAUGCCCUGCUUUAAGGAACCCUUCAGAUCAUUUCCUUAGAUGCAUCAACUCUGACUUUGACAAAGUCAAGGCCACACUCAAAGGCUCCAUGAAACUCAGGUUUGAAGGAAGUGAUGACCCUCUGGACAAGAUAACUACAGCUGAAGCUAUCAGGACUCUCAUAGAUUAUUAUCGCACUUCUCAGUACUCUUAUGCUGCUAUACAGAAGGUGGAUGAGAUAUCUAAAGUGAAAGGAACAGUGCUGGAUUCUGGAGGAAGUCAGGCCAGUUUCUUCAUGCAGGCUUUUACAUUAACCAAGAGAUCAUUCAUCAACAUGUCAAGGGAUUUUGGAUACUACUGGCUUCGGCUCGUCAUCUACAUUGUUGUCACUGUCUGCAUUGGAACCAUCUAUUUGAACGUUGGAACUGGCUACAAUUCCAUCCUGGCAAGAGGUUCAUGUGCCUCCUUUGUGUUCGGCUUUGUCACUUUCAUGUCAAUUGGUGGGUUCCCUUCAUUUGUUGAAGACAUGAAGGUUUUCCAAAGGGAGAGGCUGAAUGGGCAUUAUGGGGUGGUAUCAUUUGUGAUAAGCAACACAUUAUCUGCAAUGCCAUUUCUGAUACUGAUAACAUUUCUGUCUGGAACCAUUUGUUACUUCAUGGUUCGUCUCCACCCUGGCUUCUGGCACUAUCUCUUCUUUGUCCUGUGCCUUUAUGCCAGUGUCACUGUGGUUGAGAGCUUGAUGAUGGCCAUUGCCAGUAUUGUCCCCAACUUCCUCAUGGGUAUCAUCAUUGGUGCUGGUAUUCAGGGCAUAUUCAUGUUGGUUUCUGGCUACUUCAGGCUCCCACAUGACAUCCCAAAGCCAUUCUGGCGCUACCCAAUGUCUUAUAUCAGUUUCCACUUCUGGGCAUUACAGGGUCAAUACCAGAAUGAUCUCAAAGGCCUGAUCUUUGACAACCAGACACCGGAUCUGCCCAAGAUUCCGGGAGAGUACAUUCUGGAGAAUGUGUUCCAGAUCGAUGUGAGCAGAUCGAAGUGGAUUGAUUUGGCAGUGAUAUUCAGCAUGAUCGCCAUCUAUCGCAUAAUCUUCUUCAUCAUGAUCAAGAUCAACGAGGAUGUGACUCCAUGGGUGAGGGGUUACAUGGCCAGGAGAAGAAUGCAGCAGAAGAGUGGGACACAGAACACCACCAUUGCUCCUGAUGUUCUCACUCAAUCUCCUUCUCUCCGAACCUAUAUCACAAGCCAAUCCAGUGGUGGUGCUAGGAAAAGGUAAGGACGUAACCGAGAACAAUGAAGAUCAGAAGAAGAAGAGGGAGCUUCCUCGUUCUUCGCCACGACAAGUGUGUGAAUGAAUGAAACGAUACGAGGGUUUUAAUUAAAGUAGGGUUAAGCUUAUUCGAUUAUUUAACAUUCUGAAUAUAUUCUUAUAUAUUUAUACUACUUGAUGAGAUGACUAUGUACGUAGUUGUUAAUUUGCAUCAUCCUCUGGUUAGAGGGUGAUGAGCUGAAAUCAUAUAUUGAAAUUAAUGCAUGAAAUAGUUCAAAGUCCCAAA